AUGGAGGAAGGAGUGAGUGGGGUGCUGUCCAGUAUGGUCCAGGACAUGGGACUGGCCAUCAGCAGUGGCAGUGGAGCUCAAAUUCUGCAGGAGUUACUCAGCGCUCCAUGGCUCAGCGCUCUGCUCAAGGCGUACAAGAAUCUUCUUCAGUUCCAGCGGUUGAGGCCUGCUCCAUGGCUGCCUCACUCCUCUGCUCUCUCACAUGAGAUACGGUGUUUGAUGGCAAAGAAUUCCAAGCUGCAGCGUCCAUCAGCUGAAGCCAGAGAGCUCUUCCACCUCCUCUCCUCUCCUCACGUCAAGGCCCUGCUCUGGUCACAUGACUCGGUGGCUCAGCAGGACUUUGGCCCGGUGCUGGAGCCGCUGCCGGACGACCUCCCAGAAGACGAGGAGGCGGUGCGCAUCGUGUGCCUCGUCAAGAACAACCAACCUCUGUGGGGCAGUUUGCAUCGGGAGCCUCAGCGGCAGAGGGCGUGGUCAGGGGAGGCUCUGCUCGCGCCUCAGAGUGUGGCGCGAAGCAGACUUCCCUUUCCACACGCUGACUCCGUGAAGCCUUUCCUGCCGCGAUACCAGUCCACCGGCAACUGCUGCACCUGUCCCCCGCUGUGGAAGAGAUGUGCCCUCAACCAAUCAGCUCCCUCCGUCUUUAGCCCCGCCCCCUACAGCGAGCGCCUCAAAAGGAGCGACAGCACAGAUGAGUAUUCCAUCCCCCCUCCUCCGGUUCCUUUCUACAGUCUGAGCCUUCCUAACUCUCCGGCUUUAUGCAAAAAAACCAGCACGUAUGGACUUCAAUAUCAAAGACAGCCUUCUCUGAGCUCCACUACCACCUCUCUACCAUGCAGCCCUGCUAUUCACCGCUCCCUCCCACCACAAGGGGGCAGCACGCAGCCAGUUCACCUCAGCUACAUUCCCGGACACGUAGAAGCUUCUCAGAAUGUCUAUUGCAACAUGUCACAACCUCAAACGAAGAGAACCAACCAAAGACGUCCUGUGUUACGCAAGCAACGCAGCAUCGACGAGCUAAGGUCCAUGGUGCAAAAUGUGGCUAGCGCUUUUGGCAACGAGGACGUCCACCAUAUUGGGCACAAAAUGGCCGCCGCGACGGAGCUAAUGACAGAUAGUGUGGAGGAGAAUGCACAAGCUCUCAACUUGUUGGUUGAAGUUGUGGACAAACUUCAAGGUAUGAUUGUGGCGAGCAAAAGCCAGACCUCAUCUCCGCAAAGCAGACAGAAGCUAAAGCUAGCAACUCCUCCACUACCGCCAAGAAGGGUGUCGUCCCUGUCGCCCAAAAUGGUUCGUAAAGCUGCCAGGCCACACCCACAACCGCUAUCCACAUCCUCGUCCUCCAGCUCCUGCUCCACGUCAUCAGCCUCUCUGCACUUCUAUCCGGACGCCUACAAACCGUCGAGAAAGGACCCAAAGAAGUCAGUGACUUUCGGAGGCGGCAACGGACAAGGAGCAACAAUAAAACGAGAUGAAAAAACUGGACAGAUCUUCAUCGCCAGAGUGAUCCACGGAGGACUGGCCGACCGCAGCGGCCUGCUUCACGCUGGAGACCACCUGCUGGAGGUGAAUGGAAGCGCAGUGGAAGGUUUAGAGCCAGAGCGAGUCAUUCAGAUACUGGUCAACUCCAGUGGCACCAUUUUGUUUAAAGUCAUCCCAAACUCCAGUCAAAGCUGCAGCAGUCAGAAGCGAGUGUUCAUGAGGGCCAUGGUGGACUACUGCCCGCACCAGGACAGCUCCAUCCCGUGUGCGGCUGCAGGAGUGGGCUUCAGUCGGGCCGAUGUCCUGGAGGUGGUGGACCAGACGGACGGACAGUGGUGGCAGGCACGCAGACUACCCUCCUCUGGGACCUGCGCAGGACUCAUCCCCUCUGCCAGCAACCUGAAGAGUAAGCAGAGGGAGCAGUGGUGGUGUCAGCCUCUACAAACACACACCUGCAUCAAACCUUUGAGUUUGGGAGACAACGACGGUGACGAAGCACAAAUCAAUCAUCAAAACAGUGACACGGAUUCACAAGAUAUAUUUUUGGAUGAAGUGAGUCUUGACGCAACGGGAAAACUUCACAUCGCUGGAUUUCGCAGAAGUUUCCGUGCGUCGCGCUCUCUCAGGCGCAGGAGGCAGUCGUGUUCCUCCUGUUGCUGCGAUAACGGUGCUUUGGCCACGCCCUACGAGGAAGUGACCCUGUACCAGCGCUCCCUACGGGACACUCACAGACUCAUACUGCUCGUGGGAGCCUCUGGAGUGGGAGUCUCUGAGCUGAGGAAGAGGCUGAUCCAAACCAACCCUCUGGUUCUGCAGGGCCCAGUGCCCCAUACGGCUCGUCCAAUCAGAGCCGAGGAGCAGACAGGACGAGAAUACCACUUUGUGAGCAGAGAGACAUUUGAUCACAUGACCGCUGAACACAGGUUUGUGGAGCAGGGGGAGCACAGAGGACACCUGUAUGGAACCAGCUUUGAGGAGGUGGAGGAGGUGCUGCUGCAGGGACGGGUCUGUGUGAUGGACGUGGAGCCCAGAAGUAUCCAUUCCCUGCGGACCAAGACCCUGAAACCAUUUGUGAUCUUCGUCAAAGUCCCAGAGCCGAUCAGACUGAGGGAGAGUCGCAGAGAGGCCUGGAUCCUCACCAAGGAUGGACACCACCGCAGGUUUACGGAGGAGGACUUUUUGGAGCUGGAGCAAACAUCUAAACUGAUGGAAUCAAAGUAUCGGCAGCUGUUUGACUGUGUGUUAGUGAACAGAGACCUGCACGAGUCCUGUCUCCAGCUCUGCUCCCUGGUCCAGAGAGCCCAGGACCAGGAGCACUGGGUCCCUGUGAGCUGGACCAGAGAGGACCUGUGA